CCAAAUGUGUCAGCCGAAGAUCAAAGAUUGUUUUUCUUCCAUUUAAGGAUCAGAAAAAACAAAAAAUCGUCAGAGAUCUCUUCGUGCGGAAUUCUCUCGGAGAUGUCUCUUCGUGCUUUCUUGCCCGUCGAGACAUUGACCUAAAACCCGCUUAAUUCCCGACCACGAUCAACGAAACAAGAACCCAGGAACACAAAAUCACUCCGGCGUCAAGAGGGGAAACAAGGAAAAAAAAAACUAAUCAUGUGGAUUUCGAGGUUGAAGAGAGUUAGGAGAACGAUAAUGGUUCUGGGUGUUGCCAAUUUGGCCGUGAUUCUUUCCGGUUUUGUUCUGUCUCUCGUUUCUAACCCACAUUGCGACAGCGCCGGCCAACUGUUUCCCCUCUUCGCCGUUUGUUUAGCCGCCGGCGUCAAACUCGCCGUCAUGGUUAAGGUCGGAACUACCCAGGAACUCAUGGCUAUGACCAUCAUGGAUUCUCCUACUCAGAACAGCCUCGAAAGAAAGUUGAAGUAUAAGACAUGGCUUUGGUGGACUCGGUUUGCUAUGGUAAUUACUGUAUUGCAAUUUAUUGGUGCAACUUACCUUAUGUUCCGUGUCGCCAAAUUUGUUUCCCGUGAUGGAAUGCCAAGGGAUUGCGUUUUAGGGUUAUCUCCAGACACUCAUGGGUGGAAGCAAACGCUGCAAGUUGCCUUCUUGAUCACAGUUUGCUUUGUUGCGCUGGCACAAUGCUUUACGGGUUCAGAUAUAUUGCAAUGGCGCUCUUUCUAUGCAACCCAAGACGACGCCUGGAAAGCUCACUACCAGGAAGUAUUUGACCAUGGAAUUCGUGAAGUUUUGUGCUGUCUUGGACGUCGCGAGUAUAUGGGUGUUAUCGAGGAAGAUGAAGUUUGUUCGGUUGCAAGACUGUUAGGUGAUCUUGUUUCAUAUCGCGCAUCAGGCACUGGCCAUUUGGAAUUUUUGGCAGGCCUUGCUCUGUUGCAGAAUAAUAGCCAAUUUCCUGAAUCAUAUGAGGAUUGUAUGGAAGCUCCAGCAUUUCAUCUUCAGGAGGCUGCUACGUUGCAUAAAUUUGCAGAAGCUGCUUAUACGGGGCCACUGCUCGAUGUUGGGAGAAAUCCUGCCUUAUUUUUAUGCACAUGGAUUUGUAGGCAAGGGAUUCUAACACCUUGGAGCCGUAAAUGGCGGCCUAAACUUGAUGGUGACAAUUGGUGGCGAGGUCAUGCAGCUGCCUUCCUUAAGUUCAUAAAUUUUCCUGCUCAUGUUCUUCGCCGAGGUCGAAUUUGCAGGGAGAAGUGUAAAGCAACAUACUUUGUUAUAGUCUUACAUUAUCUUAGAUGUGUUGUAAUUGCUGUUCGAGGAACUGAGACGGCUGAAGACCUCAUAACCGAUGGUUUAGGUCGUGCGUGUUCACUAACUGCUGAAGACUUGGAGGGGCUAACAAAGCAUAUUCAUGGUAUGGAUUCUUCUCGUACGCACUACGGGCAUUCGGGAAUAGUAGAAGCUGCAAGAGAUCUAUUUAUGCAAAUAGAAGGAGACCCCAAAUUUGGAGAGUCAGGAUCUAUUGGGUUCCUCUCCUCAUUAAUUGGUGAUGGGUGCGAGUGUGAUGGGUACAGCAUUCGCAUUGUUGGGCAUUCCUUAGGAGGUGCCAUCGCCUCUUUACUGGGAAUCAGACUUCGUUGCAGAUUCCCUAACCUGUAUGUAUAUGCCUAUGGACCCCUCCCAUGUGUAGACUCAGAUGUGGCAGAUGCAUGUUCGGAAUUUGUUACAAGCAUUGUUCUCGAUAACGAAUUCUCAUCACGACUCUCGUAUGGAUCAAUCCGCCGGCUCCAAGUAGCAGCAAUCAAAGUACUCUCUCAAGACCCAAAAGCUGACACGGCACUCGUUUUUAGACUCGCACGCCGGUUUUUGUCUGCGAGCAAACGCCAACGACAAGACGUCGUCCAAGAAAAUACUUCCGGAGAAGCAACACCAUCAAUAAUUGCUGACAUUUCAAGGGAAAGCCUACAAGAACAAGAUCAAAUUUACCCAAUAUGGGAACAAGCUGAACGAGAAACGAGGCAAAACGACGAAGAGUUCGUAAAUCCGUUUCACGGUAUGGCCUCAGCUGAUAAUCCGGUGUCUCAGUUUAUGGGAACAGUCAAGACAAGAGAAGAUGAUGACAAUGAAGCUCCCGAGAUGUUCUUGCCCGGUUUAGUCAUUCAUAUUGUACCCGAAGGAAACAACUUGAGCGUGCCGAUAUGGCGAGGUUGGACAGUCUGUGAUGUGACAGGUGGUGGUUACAAAGCUUAUGUUGCAAACAGAGAGAGCUUCAAAGAAAUUAUGGUCUCUCCAUCAAUGUUCCUUGAUCAUCUUCCUUGGAGAUGCAGACACGCGAUGCAGAAGGUUCUAGAAACUCGGAAUCUCUUCUGCGAUCUGACAAGUGGAUCUGAUAUAGUAUGACACUGAACAAGAAAGAGGGUUCUCUAAACUUCGAUUGAACUACACAAUGUGCAUAUGUUUCUAUUCAAACAUCAAACAACAGUUUUACAGUUGUAGAUCCCCUUACAGUAGUAUUAUUGGCUGGUCCUUAUUAUAGUAAGUGUCUCAAAUUUAAAUGAUCAUUUACUUUUGUAGCAAGUUUUGGGAUAGUUAUGGCUUUAUUCUAAAGCAAAUCUAAGAACCUUCAC